GUCCCGUCAGCGUGCGAUACAAGGAGCUUCUUACCUGCACAGUGGAUUGUUAGGAAAAUGGCGAGCUGGUGUGUACGAGCAGUGAAGCAGAGCUACUCUCUUGUAGCUUCACCUGCGCUUUUAAGAGCCUCGCCACGAUUAUUAUGCACGGCCACCCAGCAGAAGAAUGGUCACGGGUCAGAGGAGGAGGCUGAGAAGCCAGAACAGAAUGCAGCAGAGAAAGUCCUGAUGGAGGAGAAGACCCAGCUGGAGGAGCAGCUUAAGGACAUGACAGAAAAGUACAAGAGGGCCUUGGCAGACACAGAGAACCUCAGGACGAGGAGUCAGAAGAUGAUAGACGAUGCCAAACUAUACGGAAUCCAGGGCUUCUGUAAGGACCUGCUGGAGGUUGCCGACAUCUUGGAAAAGGCCACAGAGAGCGUGCCCAAGGAGGAGGUGACGAGCCAGAACCCCCACCUGAAGAACCUGUACGACGGCCUGGUGAUGACCGAAGUCCAGAUCCAGAAGGUGUUCACCAAGCACGGCCUGGUCAAGCUCAACCCCGACGGCCUGAAGUUUGACCCCUACGAGCACGAGGCCCUCUUUCACGCCCCUGUGGAAGGCAAGGAGCCCGGCACUGUCGCCGUAGUAACCAAAGUGGGCUACAAGAUCCACGGUCGCACCCUCAGGCCGGCAUUGGUGGGCGUGGCCAAGGCCCCCUAGGACUCAUGGUGUAACUGCGUGACAAAGUGGGAUUAGCGUGGUUGCCUGAGAGAUGGAUGACCUCAGGCUCAGCAGACUGGUCAAGGCCCUUCCACCCUUUUCCCCCCAAGCCUGUCCUCACACCACCGCCCCACCCACUCUAUGGUGCCUCAAAAAGACAAGAACCCAACGGAACUUUCUACAUGGACAACAUCCAACAGUUUUUAACAGCUACACUUUGUCUGGCACAGGGCAGUCCUUCCAGUAAAAUUUCAGUUUGUCAUCAGCCAUGAGUCAUUUCUGUUAUUGUCAGAGAUUAUUUAAUAAAAUCAGCAGAUCACAGCUUUCAUGUUUCCUCUCAGAACCAUAAAUCUCGAGAAGGAAAAAAAGCAAGUGAGACAGAUAGGAUAAGAUCAUAAACCCUUCUUUUCAAGGGGUGAGAUAUGGUGUCAAAACAUAUUCACAAAGUGAGUAGUGCUGAUACUGAGCUGCUGUCAUUCCGGACUUUUGUUUAAAGCCUAAUUAUAAUAAUGUUGAACUUCUCAGUUGUUUUUUUGUUCUGUGAGUUUGAAAUUCAGUCUGUGAAUAAAGUAAUGAACAGUACAGUCGGAUAUGAUGGAAAAGUCGAGGUUUUACUUUGUGCUGGCGUUGACUUCCCAAGGCUUUAACGAUGAAAACAUCUUUGUCUUGUUCGAUAAGCCAGCUUCAGUCGCUUAAACACCUCUCUGCCACAGUUUAGCUCAGUGGUGGCGGACAGUAAUGUAACUUUACUUGUAAACCAGUAGAAGAAUUAUAUGUGUGGACCUUUGUCCAAACUGUCACUGCAUCAGAAUAAACUGAUCAACUUUGAAAUCGUUA